ACAGAAGGGGAGUACCAUGGAAUAGCGGAUGACGCUCUGGACCACAUUCAGGAUGCGAUCGACGAAGCUCUGGAUUCCACGACGCUUGAGUACGAGGUCACGUUGGCGUCGGGCGUUCUCACCCUUUCGUUGCCACCCCACGGAACGUGGGUUGUCAACAAACAAACGCCAAACCAGCAGUUGUGGUGGUCAAGUCCAUUGAGCGGACCCAAACGAUACGAGUAUGAUGAAGCCGACAAACUCUGGUUCUCGACCAAGGAU